UCGAAAGAUUAACGUUUUGUUGGUUUGGAUAUCAACAAUAAUUGGUCUAUUUCCCAACUGGGUGACAUUAGAUACACGUUGCGGUGAGGAUUAUUCUCAAAGCAUUAUUUUACUGAAACACUUUUACAAUGGUUUCAAUCAGGGACUUUGUUUCUUUCCUCGGCAAUGCUCACAACGGACAGAUUACCUUGAUCGCGUUGGAAGUUACACUCUUGUUGGGAGUCAUCUGGCUGAUAUUUAAGAAAAACAAGAGCAACCACAGAUCGGUCCUGACGGAAGAUGAAGAGGAGGAGCUGAUCAACGCUUACAGGCCGGAAAGUUUGACCGGCGACGUUCCCGCCACCCACCCCGCGCUGAGACCCCGAGUGGUGACCGGCAAAAUAGGGGUUUACGUCGAGCUGGAGGGCGUCCGAUGUCUCAACUUCAGCACUCACGACUACCUCGGGUUUGUCGGCGACGACAGAAUCGAGGCCGAGACGACAAAGUGUAUCGGGACGUACGGCGUCGGCGCGUGCGGUCCGCGAGGGUUUUACGGCACGACACUGGAGCACCUGGAGCUGGAAAGGUCACUGGCGGAGUUCACAGGUCUCGCCGACGCUCUGGUCUACGCGUACGGGUUCGCAACGGCCGCCAGCGCGAUACCCGCGUACGCCAAGAAGGACGACAUCAUCUUUGUGGACGAGAAGAGGAACUUCGCCAUCCAAAGGGGGCUGGACGCUUCCAAGAGCACGGUGAAGUUCUUCAAACACAACGACACGAAAGACCUGGAGGCGAUACUCGACAAGGUGAAGGAAGAAGAUUUGAAGGACCCGAGAAGGGCUCGCAGGUCACGAAGGUACCUGAUAGCGGAAGGCAUUUACAUCAACACGGGCGAGAUCUGUCCGUUGCCCGGUUUGGUCAGACUCUGUAAGAAGCACAAAGUCCGGAUCGUCAUAGACGAGAGCAUAUCCUUCGGCGUCUUGGGGAAGACAGGGCGAGGAGUGAGCGAGUAUUACGGGGUGCCGAGGGAGGACGUGGACUUGAUCAUCGGCAGUCUGGAGUACGUCCUGGGAUCGGUCGGUGGCUUCUGUGUGGGCUCUCGGUUCCUGGUCGACCACCAACAGGCGUCCGGACUGGGCUACUGUUUCUCUGCGUCGCUACCUCCACUGCUGGCCACGGCGGCUCUGGAAGGACUCAGGACCAUCCAGCGGGAGCCGGGCAGGCUCACUAGGCUGAGAGAGUCGUGUCACUCGCUGCACUCCAGGCUCCAACUCUCCGCCGUCAUCAACAACCACUUUGACGUCUCCGGAGACCCGGACAGCCCCGUGAAGCUCCUCACGUUGCCGGAUCACACCCCGGACCCAGAGACCACUCUGGAACGUAUCCUCGAGUUCUGCAUGAGUAAGAGGGUGGCCGUUACCCACGCCGCUUUCCUGCCGGUGGACUCCGCCAUGGUCACCCCCAGCCUCCGCAUCACAGUCUCCGUCCUUCACUCGCAGGACCACAUAGCUUACCUCGUCCUCGUCCUGGAGGACGCCUGCCGUCACGUCUUCUUCCACUGUUAUACAGCUCAGUGAGUUUUCUCAAUUUGUGUGAUUCUCUUAUUUGUUCAAUAAAAGUGAAUGUUAA